AUGUCUGCAAACUCGAACCUCUCUCCAACGCAGUCGUCUGAAGUCUCGCUGCCAGGACAAUCACGUCUGCCCUCUGCUCUGGCUCAGCCAUCGCCGCUACCACCUGCGCGGCCUCCGGUUCAUCUGUCGUCAUCCACGUCUUCGGCUUCGGCACCCGCAACGCUACGGGAUGCCCAUGGCCGCCUGCUGAAUCCUCGAUCGUGCGUAACAUGUCGUAAGCGUAAGGUCAAAUGCGACAAACUACACCCGUGCUCAAACUGCUCUCGCGCCCACAUCGAGUGUAUCUUUCCGACUCCUGGCAGGGCCCCUCGCAAAUCUCGCAAGGUCAGCGACCCGCGCGAUGCCGAGCUGCUGGACAGACUGCGCCGUCUCGAGGGCCUUGUCAAAGGCCUCGGUGUAGACAUCUCGAAUCCCGAAUCACUCCCUGAUGCGGCGCCCGAUUCGCACGUCGAAGAAGCCGACUUCCUCGAGCCUACCACAUCACAUCCCACCGUUCGCACAUGUCCGAAUCCACCCGACCAAACGCAACACAACAAGCGUGGAGAUGAUGAUGAUGAUACACAAUGGGCAGCAAAGAAUCGACUUGUAGACGAAUCUCGUAGCGCAAACUUCGAGACCAGAUUUGGACGUCUAGUCAUUAAUGAGGGCCGCUCGCGAUAUGUGAACAACUCCUUCUGGGCCAAUCUUAGCAAUGAAGUUGAGGAUCUCAAGGGUAUACUGAACCAGGAUACCGACGAUGAGGCCGACGACCCCUCGCCCACUCACUCCCUGCCUGAUCAGCAUCACGGCUGGAUCUUCAGUUUCAGUUCACAAAAUGUUGACCUCUUAUCCCUUCACCCUAUUGCUGGUCAAAUCGAGGCUUAUUGGAACGUCUUCAAAGAACGCGUGGACCCCCUCGUCAAAGUACUUCAUAUACCCACCAUUGAACCUACCGUCUUGGCAUCCGCUUCACACCUCGCCAAUCUCUCCAAGAGCUUCGAGGCUUUGUUGUUUGCCAUAUACUACGGUGCCACUACCAGUCUGUCAGAAGUCGACUGUCUGAAUAAACUCGGAGAAGAGAAAGGUCUGCUUCUUUCGCGUUAUAGAUUUGGUGUCGAGCAAGCUCUUGCGAGGGCAAGUUUUCUCACGACAGAAGAGAUGAUGGUGGUGCAAGCGAUCGUGAUAUUUCUUAUAUGUCUGCGCCGAAACAAUGAUGCCCGUGUCAUCUGGACUCUGACUGGACUCGUUGUCCGCAUCGCUCAGACACUCGGUGCUCAUCGCGACGGCCUGCAUUUCAAUCUACCACCCUUUGAGAUCGAGAUGCGGAGACGGCUGUGGUGGCAGAUAUGUAUACUGGAUGUGCGCGCUUCUGAGGAUCAUGGUAGCGAUCCAACCAUCACCGAACAAGUUUUUGACACCAAGAUGCCACUCAAUGUCAAUGACGAAGAUCUGUUUCCUGCCAUGAAGAAGCUACCGGAAGAGCGACAAGGAUGCACAGACAUGUCCUUUUGUCUGAUUCGAUUUGAGGUCGCGAACACUUUCCGUCGUCUCAAUUACAUCCCACCUGGUGAGCCUAGACAAUGCGGUGAUUUUUUCGCUUCAGUCACACUUGAGGAUAAGGAACGUUGGAUCAACGAAUGCCACAAGCGGCUCGAAGAACGAUACCUUCGGCAUGUAGAUACAUCGGUCCCAUUGUAUUGGGUCACUGCCACAGUCGCACGGUUGAUGAUGAGUAAGAUGUGGUUGAUGAUCUAUCAUCCCUACCAAAGAAAGGAUGGCGGCAAGAGCCUUUCUGAAGAAGUCCGAGACAAGCUUUUCAUCACAAGUUUGGAAAAUAUUGAGUAUGCUUCUCUCAUGGAGACAGAAUCACGUACAGAAAAGUGGAGUUGGCUGUUCAAAACAUACAUGCAGUGGCACGCGCUGGCGUUCCUGCUCGGCGAACUCUGCCAUCGCACAAGCGGUGCUCUAGUUGAUCGAGCAUGGAAUUCGAUCGAAAAGUGUGUCCAGACUAGUUGGAAAGAGGCAGUCACCAAGGAAGAGUCGCGCAGCGGCCGUCUAUGGAAACCACUGAUGAAGCUCCUCGCGAAGGCACGCAUGGCAAGAUCUCAGGCCAUACGAAAGAACGAGGCGAUCAGGCAAGCAACACCUCCAGGCAUGUCUCCGGCAAUUCCACAGCCUCACAUGGUCAGAGCACCGCUGAGCGUAGCGCAACUUUCCCGUUUCAUGCGCCCUCCCGUUUAUGGCACGCAACCUUUGGACUCAACUGAGUUGAUGAAUUCGCCAAAAAGUCUCGAAGCAGUAGUCCUCAGUGAAGACUCGAUGGACAUUUCACUCUUGGCGCCAGAGAUCGGAAGUAGUAUGGAGCAAGUUGCCUUGCCUAUGGACACAAACACAGGCAAUACUCCGCAAUCAGCAUAUGGAUCGUUCAGUAGUGCACCCUACCAAGGUCCGUCUCCACAAAUGACAGCAAUCAACAACUACCAAGCGACAAACCAACCAAUGAUCAAUGGAGAUUUAAACAUGAUUGGGAAUAAUACGACGCCUCCUGGUUUCAACAACAAUACAACGCCUCCUGGCUUCUCGCCAUUCGAUCCGGCGGCCGAUAUUGACUGGCAGAACUGGGACCAACUUGUGAGGCAAUUUGGCCUUGAGGACAAUGCAGCAGUAGUGAAUCCUGCUAAUGGCCAGUCUGUGAGCUGGGCCGGUAAUUGGGCUAACGGCAAUGUCAGCACUGGCGGGUGGUUCUGA